AACACCGACGCGAUAUAAGUGUCAACAAAAUGAGCAUGUAAAAGAAACUCAAACAAGACAAGACAGGAGAUUAACUCAGAUCCAGAAGACGAACUGUUCACGUGGCGUGAUAAUUCAUUAUGGUGGACAGUGUUUACCGUACACGCUCUCUCGGUGUAGGUGUAGUUGGUCUUCCUGAUCAGUAUGCCGACGGUAAAGCAGCGAAAGUGUGGCAGCUGUACAUCGGAGACACUCGGAGCAGGACAGAGGAGUACAAGUGCUGGUUGCUGUCCCUGCUCAGAAAACAUGGGGUACAGAAGGUGUUGGAUGUAGCCUGCGGAACAGGGGUGGAUUCCAUCAUGUUGGUAGAAGAGGGAUUUAAGGUGGUUAGUGUGGAUGCCAGUGACAAAAUGCUCAAAUAUGCUCUUAAAGAGAGAUGGGAGAGGAGAAAAGAGCCUGCCUUUGAUAACUGGGUAAUUGACGAGGCCAACUGGCUAACGUUACCAGAAGAUGUUAAAAAACCUGGAGAUGGCUUUGAUGCAGUAAUCUGUCUAGGCAAUUCAUUUGCUCAUUUACCAGACUUCAAAGGGGACCAGAGUGAACAGAAGCUUGCCUUACAAAACAUAGCCAGCAUGGCGAAACCUGGAGGGAUCCUAAUCAUUGACCACCGUAACUAUGAUUACAUCCUUGAGACUGGCCAAGCACCCCAAGGAAAGAAUAUUUACUAUAAGAGUGACCUAAAACAGGACAUUUCCACCUCAGUGCUGUGGGUUAAUAGCAAGCCUCACAUGAUCACACUGGACUACACUCUGGAACUGCCUCAACCAGUGGAUGUUCAGACUCCACCUGAUACAAGUAAAUUCCGCCUGUCAUACUACCCCCAUCGUUUGGAAAGUUUUAAGGAGAUUGUAAGAGCAUCAUUUUUUGGAAAAUGUGAGCACAAUGUAUAUGGAGACUUCAAGAAAUACACCCCAGGGCAAGGAGAGGUGCCCUGUUAUUUCAUUCAUGUGGUUAAAAAAACUACUUAAAGCCACAUGCAUUCUGUAAUUUUUUAUGUUCACAUGCAAAAUUGGUUGUGAAAAUUGGUCUAUGAAAAAAAAAAAAGACUAGGGCUUGCAUGACAUGAUUUUAGUUAUUUUGCUUUGUUGGGGGG